AUGAAAGGAAAUCUGCUCCAGGCAAAGCUGGUCGUGAUUGCUAUUGCGGCAGCACUUCUGUGGUUGCUGCGAAGACAUGUCCGACGUUUUGGGUGGUUCAGUUGCCCCAAGUUGGAGAGUGUGAAGAAAAAGAAUGGCUCUUCCUCGAGACGUGAUAGACCUUCCAUUGCGGCAAGGAAAAUCGACCUUUUUGUGGAGAGGGUCAAGGAGCAAGGCGUUAUCAACGACGUGGAAGAGAUUGUGCGGCUCUUCCCGAGGCGGUUUGAGACUUUGGGGCAUGUUGUCGUUGUGAAGCUCAACCCUGGAGUCACACGUGAGAACUUUUCGCAUUGUGCAAAGGCGUUUGCAGAAUCCUUUUCCCCCCGAAUUGUCGAUGUUGUGUUGCUGGACACAGAGGGCAUCGAGGGCGAGCUGAGGAAGCCGAAGCUGGGAAUACUCUGGGCGAACGAUGCUUCUCUCAUCACAGCGCCUAAAGAUUCCUUGCGGUACGCACUCAAACAAAUAGAAGGGUCAUCCUGCGUAUCAUCUGAUGAUAUAGAAAUGUUUGAGAGGUGUACAGAAUCUUUGACAUUUACAACACACGUGGAAAAUGGUAUCCGAUACAGCCUUGACGUUUGCAAGGUAAUGUUCUGCAGCGGUAAUGGAACGGAGCGAAUGCACUUCGCUACUGUAGCGGCGCGGGAUGAAGUAGUGGUUGAUAUGUUUGCUGGUAUUGGGUACUUUACACUGCCGUUGGCAAUGCACGGCGCUGUUAAAGUUAUUCACGCUUUGGAAAAGAACGCUGAUAGCGUGGCGUUUCUUAAAUACAACUCUGCCCAAAACAAGGUGAGCCACUUGAUCCGCACCUACCAUGGUGAUAAUAGAGAGGUGGCAUCGGAACUGUGCGGCCAAUGUGAUCGGGUGCUCAUGGGCUACAUCCCGUCCUGUGAGGUCUUUUUGGCUCGUGCCGUUUCCUUCCUGAGACUGUCUUCACGCGGAAAGCCCACCGGGACGCUGCAUUACCACUUCUUGUCGGAGAAGAAAACGGCCGUGGACACUGCUAAACAACACGUAAGGGCAGCGCUAGGGGAAGAUAUGAUGUCCUCGAUGUGUGUUGCUGCGGUUCGAAUUGUGAAGUCGUACGCGCCAAAACGAUUCCAUUGCGUCGCAGAUCUCAUUUUCGAAGAUGCGUGA